UGCUUAAAAGUUUUGGAAGGAGUUAAGAAUUAAAUGCACCAGGAAAAACCCAGUCGGACGCCGCUUGAACCGCCACGGCUCCGUGCUGCGGCAUUCUGGGAAUCGUAGUUUGGUGGGACAUUUCACAUUCGUCCUCCAGGUGUUUUGGACUUCAGCUCCCAAAAGCCCCAACCGUCAGGAGUUCUGGGAGCUGAAGUCCAAAACAUCUGGAGGACCAACAUUUUGGAAAGCGCUGCAUCGACCCUUAGAGCUCUGAUUCCACAUUGAACUACAAAUCCCAGGAUGCCAAAGUAGUUAAAGCAGUGUCAAACUGGGUUAUGUCUGCAGCCAUGGAGGAAAUACCCAUACUGACAUCGGAGCCUAGAUUCGCACUCUUCUCCCACGUUGCUCCAAAACACGCUGCAAAAAUAAUCCAGUUUGAGACCUGCUUGAACUGCCCUGGGCUCAGUGCUAGGGAAUUCUGGGAAAUGUAGUUUUGGGAGACAUUUGGGAGACCUCUGGUGCCACAACAAACUUGUUCUUGCAUGCCUCCAAGUCGUUUCCGACUUAUGGCAACCCUAAGGCAAAAACCUAUCCUGGGGUUUUCUUGGUGAGAUUUGAGGCUGCAAGAGUGUGACUUGCUGCAGAAUCCGAACCCAGAUCUUAAACCGAACCCCGCAUUAAGUCGCAUGAAUAAAUGCUCUCAUCUUUCUCUUUUCUCAUCCCAACCUUAGCAUAGCCGAUCUUGUCUGACGGUGGCGGCUAAGCAGCGCCAGGCAUGGUUAAUCCUUGGAUGGAAGACCUUGCAAAACUGCAGAUUUCAGGAUCAGAAUAGGAAGGAAAGAAGCCUGGCUGCCGGGCGAAACAGAGGGCCUCCCCCCGUGCAGAGAUGUCCCGCACGGGCCCCUAACCUUGUAUUAGCAGCCCUUUGGGUCGGAGCUGGCGAAGGCCCCUGAGCUUUCCCUUCCCCGCCCGGCCACCCCGGGGGAGCUGGUGCUUUUUUCCUGCCUGCGCCAGCCGGGGAACCAUCCGCCGCCCGCCAGCCUGGAGCAACACCGCCACGUCUCCUCGGGCAGCUGCGGCCACCGGGAGGCCAGCCUGAUGGCGGAGCCUCGCUUCAACAACCCCUACUUUUGGCCUCCUCCUCCCACCAUGCCCAGCCAGCUGGACAAUCUGGUUCUGAUCAACAAAAUCAAGGAGCAACUCAUGGCUGAGAAGAUUCGGCCGCCACACUUGCCCCCGACCUCAGUGUCUUCCCAGCAGCCGCUGCUGGUCCCUCCUUCGCCCGCCGAAAGCAGCCAGUCCAUCAUGUCUAUUCCCAAGUUGCAACAGGUCCCUGGGCUGCACCCCCAAGCUGUCCCCCAACCUGACGUGGCCCUACAUGCCCGGCCGGCCACCAGCACCGUCACAGGUUUGGGUCUGGGAUCCCGUGCUCCGGCUGUCAGUACCUCUGAAUCCAGUGCCGGAACGGGCACGAGUACCCCUUCCACGCCAACCUCCACCACCCAGAGCCGCCUCAUUGCCUCCUCGCCCACCCUCAUCUCAGGGAUCACCAGCCCCCCACUUUUGGACUCCAUCAAGACCAUCCAGGGGCACAGCUUGCUGGGGGUGCCCAAGACAGAGCGAGGCCGGAAGAAGAUCAAGGCGGAGAACCCCUCAGGACCCCCAGUCCUGGUCGUGCCGUACCCGCUCUUGGCCUCGGGUGACAUUGGCAAAGAGGGCAAGACGUACAGGUGUAAAGUCUGCCCCCUGACCUUCUUCACCAAGUCAGAGAUGCAAAUCCACUCCAAGUCCCACACAGAGGCCAAGCCCCACAAGUGCCCGCAUUGCUCCAAGUCCUUCGCCAACGCCUCCUACCUGGCGCAGCACCUGCGCAUCCACCUGGGCGUCAAGCCUUAUCAUUGCUCCUACUGUGAGAAAUCCUUCCGCCAACUCUCCCACCUCCAGCAACACACCAGAAUCCACACUGGGGACAGACCCUACAAGUGCCCUCACGCUGGCUGUGAAAAGGCAUUCACUCAGCUGUCCAACCUCCAAUCUCACCAACGGCAGCACAACAAAGACAAGCCGUACAAGUGUCCCAACUGCUACCGAGCAUACUCCGACUCGGCCUCGCUCCAGAUCCACCUCUCGGCACACGCAAUCAAGCACGCCAAGGCCUAUUGCUGCAGCAUGUGCGGCCGGGCCUAUACUUCAGAGACCUAUUUGAUGAAGCACAUGUCCAAACACACGGUGGUGGAACAUCUAGUGAGUCAACACUCUCCUCAAAGGACGGAGUCUCCUGGCAUCCCUGUGCGGAUCUCCCUUAUCUGAGUCUUGGAGACACCAACCCUCCCUUUGUGCAGCGACCCCCCAAUUCCAGAACGGGGGGAAACGACAGGACAGCUUGGCAUAGGAUCAUUCGAACCACAGUCUCUGCCUCCUCAGCAUCCCUGGCAUCUCCCUUGCUGUGGCCGGGACCAAGAGCAAAACCCCAUCACGCAAGGAUGGUACCCCCCAAUGGCUGGGUGGGGAGGGAGCUGGGAGGUUUCUUCUCUUUCAGUUUUGGUGUCAGCCAAAGAUGGUUCCAGAGCACUUUGAACCACCACGUUCUCAACCCUCUCCGCCACGUGCCCACAGAUAGAAGCUCCUCUUGGUGUUCAGCUCUUCUGCUGUUUGUCCUCCAGCCCUGUCCAAGCUCUGCUAUAUUUUUAUUUUUGGAUACGAGAACAUUUUUCACAACAGGCCAGAGCAAGCGAGGGAAUGAGACUGUAGUGGACUGCUGAGGUCCCCUCCUGGACUCUGCUCGGAGCCAUCACAGGACCCUUUGGGACAAGAGCAUGGCAGGUAUGGGGAGCUUGGUACUCUGCGAGGGUUUCAGUGUCACCCCUCUGGAGUGAUGCGUACAGCAAGCAGCAUUGAGACUUAAAAGUGGGGUGAGUUGGGAUUGUGGCACGGCACGUGCCGGUACGAGGGAGAAUGGGCUGGAUCAGGGCUAGGGAGAUCAAAAGGAGGGUCUCCUUUGGGGAAGAAUGGUGAAAGGGAUGUUUGGAAGAUGGCUAUCUUUGGUUUGACUGAAUGGUAUGUGACAUACUCCCCUGGAGAUAUAAGUUGGGAAAGACUAGGAGGCCCCAGUGGUUGGCAAUUGUGCAUCAUGUCCUUAUCGACCUAGGGAGAGCUCCCCUCUCCUGUCAUCCUAGCCCUUGGGAGGAGAUAUGGGACUGGGAUCGCACCCGGGUGCAAUUCAAUAAGAUGUGGAAGUACGGUGAUCAAGCCACGGGGAGGAGAAGAGAUAAAGUACCUCUCAGAAUUGUCCUUUUUUUUCCCCUCUUCCUUUUGCUGGGCCAGUAUAAACCUCACUCAGUCUGGUAUAACCUCUGCUCUGUCUUUGUUUAACCACCACCAUUGGACUGUCCUCUACGAGGAACAUUUGCAACGGGCAUUUGGAGAGUGGAGGCCCAUUCUGUAGGGCAUCUAAGUAACCUCUUGUCUCCUAAAGCUCGUGGCUACCUACCUAGAUGUAAAUUCAAAUCCCAUUAUGUUAUGACCUUCAUCCAGGGAGAAUUCCAGCACCAACAAGCUUUUCCUUGGGUAAACUGUUGAAUGCUCAGUAACCUAUAGGCCCCAGAUGUGCCGAAAGCUAUGUAACGGCCAUUGGUUUUGCUUAUCUCUUGAUAAGCAGCCAUGUAUAGAGCAAGAACAUAAAAAGCAGGGAUUUCCAUAGGGAUAAUCAUCAAUCCCUAAGAAGUCUCUUUUAAUUAAUAGUUUUUUGUGGGUUUUUCGGGCUAUGUGUCCAUGUUCUAGAACAGUUUAUUCCUGACCCUUUGCCAGCAUCUGUGGCUGGCAUCUUCA